UUAAUGAUAAAGGACGACACCAUGCUUCUAAAGAAAGGUAACUCUAGCACUAUUUUAGUCCAGCUUUGGACAAGACUGGUUUGGCCUGCGUGUGCGUGCGGGACCAACUUGGAUAUGCAGAUGCCAUCUGACAAGUGGCUUACUGUUUGUUGUUCCUGAAGGUCACCUUCUUUCCUUCUCUUUGCAGAUAGUUGAAGUCAUUGAAAAAGUAACGUUUCCUUUAAUGUUUUAAGUUAUUCGUUUCUCUGGUAAAUACCCCUGAACACAUAUCGUUUUGGAUUUUUAUUGCAUUUCUUCAGUCUUAAAUUGAAAUUAAGAUUGAUUGAUCCAAGCAUACUAACUUGUUUUAAUGAUGCUGGUUGAUUGAUUGCAUUAUCGUAUCUGCCAGUAUUUGUCGUUUAAGUCUUGAAGUUAAAGGGGGGGUAGAAUAAAAAAGAAAAGAGGUAAUCAUAAAACCAACAUUUCAGGUGCUAAGUUCUUGUCUAUGGAAUAUAGAUAUUCAAGCGCAUUCAAAACAGACAUUGUAUAUGGCUUCUUGCACCUAUUAGCUAAUCUUAUAAUACGAAUUGACCAUAUUACAUAGGAAAUAUUAACAAAACUUUGUAAUAGUGUAAUGACUUACAUAAAUAGAAUGUCUAUUUUACUAUUUCGAUAGUCAGGUCAGCUGACUCCUUCCAAACACGGACUUGAUUUUUUCAUGUUUUUUUUUUCUUUGAAUUUUAAUUCUGUUUAUAGCCAGCAGUGACUACUUCAGUUAGUGGCAAUUUUAUCUUAAUAUAAUUUAUUUUGGGGGAGAAUUGAGAGAAAGAUAGUAAAUAAGUGUGCUUGACUUGAAGAUAAAGAUGGGGAAUACAACAUCUGGUAAACGACACAAUUCCGGGGACGAUGCCGGACCUACGAUAACAGCAAACCGACUAGGGGAUAUUUCUCUCGAAGAUGACUUCGCACCAAGCCUCUUCAAGACAUCAAGACCUAGUCGAGAUCUGCCACUUGAUACAUAUCAGCGUCCACGGUCAAAUACAGUUACACAUAGUCCAACACUGGUGGAAAAAUGUUUGCCAACAGUUUUCAGAUGGGAGGGAGCAGCAAAAGAAGUCUGCUUGUCAGGGAGCUUCAACAAUUGGAAAAAUACAAUACCCUUAGCUAAAAGCACUGUACGACUAACAGACAGAAGCAGACAGAGACACGAUUCUGAUGGUAAUGGUGAUUUCUUCACAAUUUUGAAUCUUCCUGAGGGAGAACACCAAUACAAAUUCUAUGUGGAUGGUCAAUGGCUGCAUGACCAGAAUGAGCCGACAGUUCCAAACUCAAUGGGGACAUUGAAUAAUGUGGUAGUUGUUAACAAAAGUGAUUUUGAAGUAUUUGAAGCCCUGGCAAUUGACAGUGAAAAUUCUGGUAAUAAAAGAAAAAGUGAUUAUGGUCAAGAAAUACCUCCACGGCGGUCAGAUAAAAUAGCUGGUCCACCUUUCAUUCCUCCUCAUUUACUGCAAGUAAUUCUGAAUAAAGAUACUCCUGCCCAUUGUGAACCAAUACUUUUACCUGAGCCCAACCAUGUUAUGCUAAAUCAUUUGUACGCCUUAUCAAUUAAGGAUGGUGUAAUGGUUCUUAGCACUACCCACCGGUUUCGUAAGAAGUAUGUGACUACAUUGCUGUACAAGCCAAUCUAAGAACGCGUGUGCAUAUGUACAUAGACUUGCUUUGUGUGUGUGUGCGCAUGUAUAUAUGGAAACAAAAAAUAUAUAUAUAUAUAUAUAUAUAUAUAUAUAUAUAAAAAGAAAACAUUUAGGUAUAAGUGUAUACUUAAUAUUUAAACUGAUUUCACUGUGACUGACAAAAUCACCAAAGAAACUCGAACUUUGUUUUGCCUAAUGCAAUCAUUAAGUAUACAUUUGUAUAGUUGUCUGUUUUUUGACAGUUAUCCUAUACAAUAACGGUAAUUUGUCAAUUGAAAAAUUUAAUUAAAAGUUUACCUUUUUCUAAUGUAUAAAAAAAUACUUUUAAGUCUAUCAGUAGAAAACAAAAGCAUCAGAUUUUGGUUUACUCAAGUGAUAUUUUCCCAUUCUGGCUUAUGAAAUGGUCUUAGUUUAUCAGUUCUUUAGGCCAUUACUCCUAGCUAAUAACAGAUAUUUUAGUAUAUACAUUGCUGGUACUCAUUGUUAACAUUUAUAUAAUCAUUUUUUAUGAGUAUAAUUUUACAUAGGAUUUUAUUUAUUUUUGAAAAUUCAGUGAAGUUCAAAAUUAUUUGUAGUGUAAAAGAUGAGCAAAAAAACUAUGGCUAGGAAUGAAAUAAUGAAAAACCAAAAAAAAAAAAAAGUGGGUAUUUAAUUGGUCCCAAUUCAUGGGAUAUACAUAUAUAUAUAUAUAUAUAUAUAUACACACACACACACACACACAAGUUUCAAAAGUAGUUUAGCAGUUAAGUGACCAGCUCUUGUGAAUUAUGGAAAAUAGUUUAUCAGUGAAAACAAAUUCAGAUUAAUGAGACAACAAUGGUAUAUAUAUGACAUGACUAUUUUCUCAACUAAUCUCAACCACAGUCUUACUUUGUUUUUUUUUAAUCCUCUAGACUUGCCUCUUAGACAAUUUUACCAUUGCAUAAACUCUUACUCAGGCAUAUUUGUGUUAAAAUCUACUGACCCUCCUCCCUCUCCAAAUAGUGAAAUUGAAGUAUCUUCUUAUCUGCUUGUCUUUUCAAAUCUUUUGACUGGAGAUCUAAUGUAAAUAUCUUUUCCCAUUCUUCUAUAAUAAUUUUAACUAAAGUUACUCCACCUCUCUUUACUAAACAUUCAUUAUGUAAAAUUCAUUUAUAUAUUUCACAAACUGGAUAUUUGCAUUUAAACGCAAUGCAAGAUUUUGAUAUGUUGUGAAUUACUUUCAUCAAACAUUAACAUGAUGUAGAUAUGCAUGGCUAUGUGGUUAAGAAGUUUGCUUUGCAAACCACAUAGCUUUGGGUUCAAUCCGACUAUGCAACACCUUGGGCAAGUGUCAUCUACCAUAGCUCAGGUUGACCAAAUAUGUGUAUGUGUAUAUGAAUAUUUGUGUAUGUAUGUAUGUUGGGCAUGUGUGUGUUUGUGUGUCUCUCUCCCAUCAGUUUGUAUAGAUAUAUGUGUGUGUGUGUGUGUGUGUAUGUAUGUAUGUAUGUAUGUAUGUGUAUUUAUAUAUAUAUAUAUAUAUAUAUAUAUAUAUAUAUAUAUACAUACAUAGGCGAGAAAUCUGUAAAACCAGUGCUUUAUGAACAAUGUCCCUUGAGAUAUUUGUUCUGCAUCAAGUUAGACACUCUCUUGUCACUCAUUAUCAGAAAUGCAAUGAACAGUGAUUGGCCCAUUAGAAACUUGUUAAUCAAUGAGACUAUUGUUCACAAAUUACUACAUAAAAUAAAUUCAAACAAAUAACAAUAUCAUACUGCUUGCUCUCUUUCCCCUUCUCCUUAUUCCCCUGCCCCCACCUACUUUUUCAUUCAAAUAAAAUAGUGAAUUUGUUUUUUCAUUCUCUGACUAGAGAGAUGCUCAUGAUUUUAAAUAUUGUUUUUAAUUUUCUUUUUUCUUUUCUGAUAUGAUAAACCCAUUGAAAUACUUUAGUCUUAUCAUAAAGUGCCUUUUCAUCCCUGGACCCCCCCCCCACCUUCCCCAAAACUUAAAAAAAUGGAUGAAACUUUUUCAUUGGACUCUUGGGCCUAAUGAUAGCAUUAGUAUGAGUGUUUCAAUGAAAUGUUUUAAUUAAAAACACCGUUAACUUUUAUCUGCUCUCUCCCUUUUCUCCUUCCCAGUUUGUUGUAAUUAAAACCUCAUUGUUUUCUCCAUUCAAAUAA